UUCCCAUAACAGGAUGCCCUUCUAGGGUCAUUCAUGCUAGUCUAUUUGGAGGCAUCAAGUCCUCUGAGCAACAGGAGAGCGGAGAUGCCCUCCCUUCCUUUCUUUCUCUUUCCUUCCUUCUGGGGAACCUGCCUCACCUGUUUGGGCCCGUCCCUCCCUGCCUUGUGGGCCAGGCGUGUCCGAAGAGCCCUUCCUCUUCCCUCUUCUCUCACAGCCUCUCACUUUGCCCAGGAGAGCGAGCGGCCAGUGAGCGGGAUCCCUGCUGAAGAAGGAGGCAAAAUGGAGGUUUUGGUCCUAGCAGACUUUGAGGGCCAGCUGGGCGAUGAGCUGAAGAUCACAGCCGGAGAGAUCAUCCGCAAGGUCCACCCAGGGCCAGAGGAGGGCUGGCUGCAGGGCGAACUGGGCGGCCAGGUGGGCCUCUUCCCCCAGCAGUUUGUGCAGGAAAUCCCAGCCAGCCUCCGGUCAGAUGGCACCCAGAGAUUCCCACGAUCGCUCCGCAGUGCCAAUGCUGCAAAAAAGAAAGCCACGGCAAAGCAGCGCUGGUGCCGGGUCGUUUUCCCUUAUGUCCCGACGAAGGAAGACGAGCUGGAGCUUAGCACUGGGGACCUGGUGCAAAUCCUGGAGGAGAUUGAAGAUGGCUGGUGGCUGGGGAAGAAGCGAGGACAACUGGGAGUUUUUCCCUCCAACUUCGUGCAAGAGCUGAGCGACCCAUCACUAGACACCCCUUUUCUGGAGCCCAAAGGAGGUGCAGCCAAACAGCGGCCCAAAAUGACCAACGAAACCUUUGUCCACGAUGAGUCCGAGAAGAUAGAGAAACCAGUAACUUCUCCUCCAGAACCAGAGACCCCCAAAGUCCGGACCCCGCAGGAACCACCCUCAAGCAACGAUACGCCCCGCUACUGUCGGGCCAUGUUUGACUUUGAACCGGAGCACGAAGACGAGCUGCUCCUCCGCAAAGGGGACCUGAUUCUCUUGCUGAACAAGGAAACCGUGGAUUUGGGUUGGUGGGAAGGAGAGAGCCGGGGCAAGAAGGGCCUCUUCCCGGACAACUUUGUCAUGCCGCUGACCAACCUGGAUCCUGGGAUCAAAAGUAAAGUGCCAACGCGAAAGAAGGAGGCCGACAAAGCAACCAAAGGAGCCAAAAAGCCCUGCCAAGGCAACAAGGUGGAGAUGAGACCCUUUGGAGACCUCCUCAAAGACUCCAAGGAGCAGAAGAAGAUGGAGACCCCCAAAACGAGUUCCUUCCCAGCCAAGAAGGCGGCCCCUCCGCCACCACCCGUUCCGGCCAAGGCCAAGCCGGCCCCCACAGCACCCCAAAAGUACUCCAAUGGCCCCGUUUCCUUCCCUGCCACCCCUGCGGUGAAGGCCAAAGCCAAAGGGACAGAAACCGACACUUUGGACGCGGUUGUGACUCCUGGGGUCAAACUGACCCAUCCCACGGCCAACCGCCCCAAGAUGCCCGGCAAGAGGCCACCCAACCAGCUGGUUGAGAAAGGGCCUGUUCACCCCUCGAACCCGGCAGAAAACCCCCAAAACCCUGAACAGCAGUCUCCCCAUCCAAUGUCUGAAAAAACCACAAAUGAAGAAUCAUUGACAUCUGUGGACGACUUCAAGGCCGAACUCCGGACACUGAGGGGCCUCAUGGACCUGAUGCAAACCCAGCAUCGGAAAGAAAUUGAAGAGUUGAAGGCGGAAAUGAGCCGUGAACAGGCCAAGAGGGAAGCUCUGCAGGUCGACAUUGAGCACCUGAGGCAAGCGCUGGCCAUUCCUAGACGGGGUGGACCAGACCCCAAAAAGCUCAGCCCCACUCUGAACCUGGAUCUGGCGGAUCCCCAGGGCUCUCCGUUCACUUUGGAUGCAUUCAUGAUUCCCACCAAGGACUGACCCAGUUGGGCGAAGAUGCCUUCAUUUGCUGGACCACGUUGGAUUGUUCAUUGGAUCUGAGGAGCAGCAAGAAGAUCAUGUAAUCCAUGGACAUCCAAGGCCAAUGGUGCUUUCUUGGGUCCUUCAGGCACCACAAAUGGAAAGAUCCUUCCUCUAAGUCCUCUUUGGACUCCGUUCUCAAGUCUCCAUGGCAUCUGGACUAAGGCUGAGAUGGGAAAAAGACCAUCACAGGAAGCUGGGGAGAUACAUCUCCAUGUUAAGCUUCUGCAGCUCCUCCCCAUUGGAAACUCUUGGACAGAAACCCAUUGUUAGCCCCAUGAAAUGAAUAGAAUUUACCCAUCUUGAUACACUAAUCAAGAUGAUUCAGAUCCCAAAAAACCAAGGUUUCCUUAAGAAGGAUCCUUGCAGAAGAACAUACUAGACCAGGUGAGGAGCUCAGCUUAGCUCCUGCAACACCUCCAAUGGGAAGACCCAUUUAGCCCACUGACUGCAUUGAAUAUUCCUAUGUGUGGAGUGGGUCUACUCGAAUUAAUCCUAUCUAGAUCUCAAAAUCCAAGGUUUCCUUAAGGAGGAUCCUUGCAGAACAACAUGAGAAGCCGGGGAGACAUAUCACCAUCUUAAGCUCAGCUUAACUCAUGCAGCACCUUCCAAUAUGAAACCUUUGGCCAGAGACCCAUUGUUAGUCCUCACUUGAGUGCGUCCAUAGAAUGCAUUGCAUUUGGUUGUGUUUUAGUUCAGUGGAUCUAAUCAAUACAAUUCCAGGUCUGCUUACAGGAGGAUCCUUAUGGAACGAUGACCCACUUUCUUUGCAAGAAGCAAGUUCAUUCUAACUUCUCUCUUUUACAAUCUCGCAACCAAGUCACUCAUUCUUUUAACUCAUUUUUUUAAGGUGACGCUUUGUAACUUAAAAAUAAAAAACCCAAUAUUUUUA